UCCUCCUAACGUCAUCCUUUAAUGAGUUUUAGCUUUCGUUUUUCAGCCAAAAAAAAAGAAAUAAAAUAAUAACCUGCUUUAAUAAAAAAGAAACAAAAAUUUUGACCGUGAUCAAGACAUGGAUAACUGGAAGAUCCAGCUCGCCGUUGUGACUUUUUGUGCUCUGGUGCAAACCUAUGAGGGACUGUCCUGCUGUGCAGAAGAGGAGAGGGGACUUUCUAAAGACUUUCAGGAUGAGUCCGUGGAGAGCGGUCUGACCAACCGUGCAGUCGGUCUGAUGAAAAGAUCGAAAUCCCUUCGCUUCUACGGGCUCAUGGGGAAACGCUCAGGACCAAAGAGACCAUUUAAAGUAAACAGACGAAAUAAAGGAGAAAUGUUCGUGGGCCUAAUGGGGAGAAGCAUUGCAAGUGACGAACCUUUAACCAGAGUGAUCCCAUCCGCAACAACCACCGCGAUCCAUGUUUCAGAGAAACCAUACAAGCAAGGUUCACCAGUGGAAUGGAUCCAAAUCAUGUAUUGAUGGAGCUAAAUUUUAAAGUAAAGUACAUGUUAUUAUAAUCUAUACAAUUUUACACCAACCAAAGACCAUAAAUAAUACUCCUAAAAACACACCCUGGUCGUAGUUUCAAUUCAUGCUAACAAUUACUGCAUUAAAUCCAAACAAGAACAACUACCAUUUUUAAAACGCACAUUUCAUGUAAGAAAUAAAAAGAACCUGUAAAUGCUGCCAAAUGUAGUUGCGUUUUUUUUUUUUU